CUGCUCAGGCUGACUAUAUGCUUUAUCAGCCUACAAAAGAAGAUAUACCACAGACAGCCACGCAUUCUGUGACUGCGACACGCAUGAACGGAGCUCACUGAGUUCAAACAGAGGAAACCCCGCGCAGUCUGUAGAAUGUUAAAGAGUUUGAGCUCUGUACCUACAAGUACCAUUCAGUCACAGACUUGAUAACCCUCAACGGGCUAAAAACUAGUUAGAAGCCGUCCGUUUGUCGCUGUUGUCAGUUAGAACUGAUAAUGAAAGAUCGCAGUGUCGGUGUCUGUUGACAGCACAGAUCAGUGCGCAGCGGCAACACGACGGCGUGUGCAACAUUGUGGUAACCGCUGGCCAAGCUGGCGUCACCAUUAUACUGACUCUCGGUGAGUCCUCGGUCACAGCAGGCAGUGCGGGGUACCAGACGUUUCUUAUUUCGCUGACGUGCAAACCGUGUAUCCUAUUGGCAAGCUUUGUUUGUUAACUCGCCAUCUGAAUAGCCAACGGUCGGCGCUAGUGACGUCAGUUGCAGACAAGUGGCCAGUGGAGGACGUUGGAGAACCUGCGAGUGAUCGCCAGUGGCACGUCACACAAGCACGUACGCCGGCUUCAAGAGCAAUAAAACGGUCAUGGGAAAAUUCGAUGGAUAUUUCGAUUAUAGACGGCAUGGCUGAACAUGAGCGUGCCAUGACCGUAUCGUUUGUGCAGAAACAGAACGUCCCUUGCUGACAUGAUGGGUCUGCAAGACAUCCCUAUGAAGUCGCCCGCCUGCUCUAAGGAUCUCGGGAACUUGAAAAGUCUGGAUAACGUCCGACCCAGAGGGUCAGCCAAGGACAGACGUCCUUUUUCUGGAGAAAGAUGUGAGACAGCGGGCGGCACCGGCUCUACUGCCACUGACAUUGUCACCGCUGCCACAGUCACGAAUGCUGUUAGCAACACGGAAGAGAUUUACGACGACGAUGACGAAAACUUUGGAAGCGACUCUGAUGAUUGGGAGACGGAGGAGGGUAGGUUGUCGAGGGCGCUGCAAAGGUGGAUGCCAGAGUACGUCCUGACUCCCGUACCUCAGCAGGACACCUCCUCCCGCCAGCCCGUCUUUAGUGCGCGCCUGGGCUCCCGGGGUGUGACCGUCAGGCGUUCCGACAGUUCCGAGUCUACAGACACACAGAUUUCUCUCUUCAGGUCAGUUCUUUGACGACCAAAUACCAACAGUCAAUCAAGUGACCGACUGACCGACCUGACUAGCCAGAGAAGCGGAAGAAAGCCACUCAUUUCAGGCAACGAAAGUUUGUGCGUGCUCACCUGUUCCAGCUACAGUUCACGCGUCGUCAAACGACGAAAGAGACGAGGACGACGAAAGAAGGCGGAACCCACGUCAAGGUGGACGGAAGAGGGGGCAGCACGACGAAGCCAGGGUCCGCAGCAUCAACAACAGCAUUGGCAACAGCAACAGGGGGGAGUCGCUGGGAGGAGUUUGCAAAGAAGCGACAGAGCGAACUAAAUCGCUUCAUGAAGUCACAGACACAUGCUCUCUCCCAGGGCUUCAACUUGACGGAGGAAUCCGAGGCCUUCCGACUGUGCGACAAGGAUGAACAAAAAGCUUUGUUUGAGUGUGGGAGGCUGGACAAGCUGGCCUUCGCCGCUGGACUCAAGAAAAGUGGCAGCAUGACCAACAUCAAGCAAGAGGUCCGAGGAAAACCCCAGCAAAGAGUGGCUUCAGCGAGCGCCAAGAAAUCUUUCGGAAAACCUGUAGACUUCCAAGAGCUGAAGCGCCAGUUGCUGAUGGCACAGCGUUUGACAGCAAUGUCACACAAGUCCUCCAGACGGCGAUCCUUGCACAGAACUGCCUCUCGCCAAUCUCUCUUCUCCACUGAAAACAGUGAGGUCUACCUGUCAGCACGGACACUUACACCACCGUCAGCAGCAGAACCCGUGAAAGAGAAACCAGUGACCGUUUGGAAAGGCGACAGCCAGAUAUUGGCUAUUGAUCUCAAUCGGGAAUUGACAACAACAGUAAAGCAGCGUAUUGCAGGCACAACAAUCGCUCUGGAGCGAGUGACAGGUAUGGGAGAUAAUAAUGAACCACGGAUGUACCCUGCUCAUCUAGACGAAUUUCCGUCCUUUACUGAAGAAAACUUUGCCACGAUAGCCAGAAUACCUCAAAAAAUCCGUAUUUCUCCCCAUCUUAGUGAUGUGAUCAAGAGUGACAUCAAGGUUCGCAUGGGUCGUCCUCGAUACCACGAAAUUCGAGAAGAAGACCUCGAGAUGUGGAACCGUGGGCUGUCGCUGAACAGGGCACACAGGAACUUGAAAGUAUUUAAUUGGCUCCACAGUUUACGAGAAGAUGAAUUUGAUGUAAAUCCCAUGCAUCAGACUAUCAGUGAUGUACUUCCUGAUGAAGAUGACACUACAUUUGGGGAAAUGGUGUUGGUAAAAGCAGUGGAUGAGCCAGACAUCAGGCCAUUACUAGAAAGAAUUAGAAAAAAUUAUAUCAAAUAGCCUUAAAAUCAUCUGAGAAAAACUCGAAAUUGUUUUUUUAAUUUCUUAUGAUUCUCCUAGUUCAAUACCCUCCACUAAUAAAAACAAAAAAAUACUGACUGCAAGUAAUGGUAUGAUUGCAAUGAGUUUCCAAUAAACAACCUUCCUGCAAUGAAUGCAUACCGAUGAUACGUCACAUCUGCAUGUGAACAUUUUAAUCAUAAGCUGGUGUCAUAGAUACAAUUUUCCAGAUUUAGAUGCUUUACAUCUUGUGUAACUUUCUGAACAGCGAUAGGGUCAUGCCUAAAUUGUAUGCUCGCAUGUGUGUUUCUUUGUCUGUAUGAUCGCCUGAGAAAUUUCCUAGUAUUACUAGGGGUUAAACGGAUAUUAACUCUUAGGACUCUAGGACAUAAUUAAAAUAUUCUGUUUUACAAUUACAGGAGGAAUGCUUGUUGAUAAUGGCUGACUCAUGUCUAGUUGAAAUGAUCCCAAAAUUGAGUAAACGAAGAAUGUCUCUGUAAUACUAUCAUGACCGUAGCACAAAUCUGCCUUCAAAUAUUCUUAUACGAAACU